GGUUCCCUCUCACCGGGAAUUGAUUACGAUUAUCGGUUUGGGUGCUAGCUUCGGCUCUGGCUUAUAAAUAGGAAGCGACGAUUGUCGGUCGGCUUCACAAGUGCCUUUGUUUUGGAGGGUAACGCACGCAGCCGGCUAGACUGAUAUGGAUUGCUUUGGAAUAUUUGCUCAUUUAGCCCUGGCCUUCCUGUUGCUGGGAGUAGUCCAAGGCUAUCCUCAGCUGGGCUCCCAAGAGGAGCGGCGUCCUUGGUUGGUGGGACAACAGCAGCAGAAUCCCUGGCUGCGUCCUCAGAUUCCUCAAGUCCCUGACGCCAGCAGCACCAUCACCACCACCACUGCUUCUACCCCAGCCAAUCAGGAGCCCCGGUACCUGGCCUGCCUCCAGACCUGUCCCAUCACCAGCGAGUAUAACCCCAUUUGUGGCAGCGACAACAACAACUACUACAAUCUGAACAGGUUCAACUGCGCCGUGGGCUGUGGCUUGGAUAUCCAGCGGGUGCACCAGGGAAUUUGCCGGACCUAAGCAUCCACCUUCAAGAUUACGUCUUGCUCAAUCGUAAGUCUGGCCUAUGACGUCAGCAAAUAAAAUAAAAAACAACGCAAACACUCAA